AUGGCUUCUUCAAUUCGUCCCUCACUUUCUUCCUUCAUGUUACCCUCCCUCUCUUCUUGCAACCCUUCUCAAAAGCUCAGUCUUUUUCAUCUGGGUAACCGUAUUAGACUGUUACAUAAUUUUGGCCUGAAAGCUUCUAAGUUUUCGAGGCAUGAUGAUGAUAGCUGCAUGAGAGUGAUGGCAUCUGGGGAUAUGUCCUCAGCUGCUACACAGGAAAAUGCACUAGAUUGGGUCAAACAUGACAAGAGGAGAAUGCUUCAUGUUGUGUAUCGAGUUGGGGACUUGGAAAAGACCAUAAAAUUUUAUAAAGAGUGUCUCGGAAUGAAGUUGCUCAGAAAGCGAGACAUGCAAGAGCAGAGACAUACUAAUGCCUUUCUUGGAUAUGGGCCUGAGGAUGCACACUUUGCUGUUGAACUGACAUACAAUUAUGGGAUUGACAAGUAUGACAUUGGAGAUGGAUUUGGCCAUUUUGGUCUUGCAGUGGAUGAUAUUUCAAGAAUAGUGGAUCUUGUGAGAGCUAAGGGUGGCAAAAUUACUAGGGAGCCUACGCUUGCCAAGGGAAGCAACAAAGUAGUUGCAUGCAUUGAGGAUCCUGAUGGUUAUCAAUUUGAACUUUUGGAAAGGGCUGCCUCUCCGGAUCCUUUGUGCAAAGUAAUGCUUCGAGUGGGUGAUCUUGACCGUUCCAUUAAAUUUUACGAGAAGGCUUUUGGUAUGGAGCUACUUCGAACACAAGAUGAUCCAGAAUCCAAGAACACAAUAGCAAUACUGGGUUAUGGCCCAGAGGAAAAAAAUGCUGUCCUGGAGUUGACUUACAAUUAUGGAGUCACAGAAUAUGAUAAAGGAGACGCUUAUGCUCAGAUUGCAAUUGCUACAGAGGAUGUGUACAAAACUGCAGAAGCAAUUAAACUUGCUGGAGGGAAGAUUAUUCGUGAACCUGGACCAAUACCUGAUAUAAAGACAAAGAUCACAUCAUGUGUGGACCCUGAUGGUUGGAAAACUGUUUUUGUAGAUAAUGUUGACUUUAGUAGGGAGUUGGAGUAG